AUGCUGAAUGCUACACGUUAUGUUGCCAUCUUCGCUACGCUUGCAGCGGUUUCGGAUAAUCUAUUGAUUCAUGCGUCUCCAGUGGUACAGGAUUCGAUCACCUCGUUGAAAGUUAAUGCGACAGUGAAAGCUUCACAGCCGGCCUACGGUGCCAAGCUUGCUAGUGACUGCAACAAACCCUUCGCCCGAUCUAACUAUGCAUACGCGACUUCACCGACCACUGGUGCCUCUGAGAUCGUCGUGACGCCCGUGCCAAUUGUGAAAGGCGAGUCCAAAAUGACACCGCAGCCAACACCCGCUGUCACGACUGCCCAUGCAUUUGCACCUCCACCGACCUCUGGUGCUCCUGAGACCGUCGUGACGCCCGUGCCAAUCGUGAAAGGCGAGUCAGAAAUGACCCCACAGCCAACACCCGCUGUCGCGACUGACCAUGCAUCCGCUCCGUGCGCCACCACUGGUGCUCCUGAGACCGUCGUGACGCCUGCGCCAAUCGCCGAAAGCGAGUCAGAAACGACACCGGAGUCAACGCCUGCUGUCACGACUGAACAUGCAUACGGACCUUCACCGACCACUGAUGCUGCGAUCCAUGAGACGCCCGCGCCAAUCGCCGAAAGCGAGUCAGAAAUGACACCGGAGUCAACGCCUGCUGUCACGACUGAACAUGCAUACGGACCUUCACCGACCACUGAUGCUGAGGUCCACGAGACGCCUGCGCCAAUCGCCGAAAGCGAGUCAGAAACGACACCGGAGUCGACACCUGCUGUCACGACUGACCAUGAAGUCACACCUUCACCGACCACUGAUGCUGCGAUCCAUGAGACGCCCGCGCCAAUCGUCGAAAGCGACGAGUCAGAAACGACACCGGAGUCAACGCCUGCUGUCACGACUGACCAUGCAUACGGACCUUCACCGACCACUGAUGCUGCGGUCCACGAGACGCCCGCGCCAAUCGCCGAAAGCGAGUCAGAAACGACACCGGAGUCAACACCUGCUGUCACGACUGACCAUGAAGUCACACCUUCACCGACCACUGAUGCUGCGAUCCAUGAGACGCCCGCGCCAAUCGUCGAAAGCGAGUCAGAAACGACACCGGAGUCAACGCCUGCUGUCACGACUGAACAUGCAUACGGACCUUCACCGACCACUGAUGCUGCGAUCCAUGAGACGCCCGCGCCAAUCGCCGAAAGCGAGUCAGAAAUGACACCGGAGUCAACGCCUGCUGUCACGACUGAACAUGCAUACGGACCUUCACCGACCACUGAUGCUGAGGUCCACGAGACGCCCGCGCCAAUCGCCGAAAGCGAUCACGGACCUUCACCGACCACUGAUGCUGAGGUCCACGAGACGCCUGCGCCAAUCGCCGAAAGCGAGUCAGAAACGACACCGGAGUCAACGCCUGCUGUCACGACUGAACAUGCAUACGGACCUUCACCGACCACUGAUGCUGCGAUCCAUGAGACGCCCGCGCCAAUCGCCGAAAGCGAGUCAGAAACGACACCGGAGUCAACGCCUGCUGUCACGACUGAACAUGCAUACGGACCUUCACCGACCACUGAUGCUGCGAUCCAUGAGACGCCCGCGCCAAUCGCCGAAAGCGAGUCAGAAACGACACCGGAGUCAACGCCUGCUGUCACGACUGAACAUGCAUACGGACCUUCACCGACCACUGAUGCUGAGGUCCACGAGACGCCUGCGCCAAUCGCCGAAAGCGAGUCAGAAACGACACCGGAGUCAACGCCUGCUGUCACGACUGAACAUGCAUACGGACCUUCACCGACCACUGAUGCUGCGAUCCAUGAGACGCCCGCGCCAAUCGCCGAAAGCGAGUCAGAAACGACACCGGAGUCAACGCCUGCUGUCACGACUGAACAUGCAUACGGACCUUCACCGACCACUGAUGCUGCGAUCCAUGAGACGCCCGCGCCAAUCGCCGAAAGCGAGUCAGAAAUGACACCGGAGUCAACGCCUGCUGUCACGACUGAACAUGCAUACGGACCUUCACCGACCACUGAUGCUGCGAUCCAUGAGACGCCCGCGCCAAUCGCCGAAAGCGAGUCAGAAACGACACCGGAGUCAACGCCUGCUGUCACGACUGAACAUGCAUACGGACCUUCACCGACCACUGAUGCUGCGAUCCAUGAGACGCCCGCGCCAAUCGCCGAAAGCGAGUCAGAAACGACACCGGAGUCAACACCUGCUGUCACGACUGACCAUGAAGUCACACCUUCACCGACCACUGAUGCUGAGGUCCACGAGACGCCUGCGCCAAUCGCCGAAAGCGAGUCAGAAACGACACCGGAGUCAACGCCUGCUGUCACGACUGAACAUGCAUACGGACCUUCACCGACAACUGAUGCUGCGAUCAAUGAGACGCCCGCGCCAAUCGCCGAAAGCGAGUCAGAAAUGACACCGGAGUCAACGCCUGCUGUCACGACUGAACAUGCAUACGGACCUUCACCGACCACUGAUGCUGCGAUCCAUGAGACGCCCGCGCCAAUCGCCGAAAGCGAGUCAGAAACGACACCGGAGUCAACGCCUGCUGUCACGACUGAACAUGCAUACGGACCUUCACCGACCACUGAUGCUGCGAUCCAUGAGACGCCCGCGCCAAUCGCCGAAAGCGAGUCAGAAACGACACCGGAGUCAACGCCUGCUGUCACGACUGAACAUGCAUACGGACCUUCACCGACCACUGAUGCUGAGGUCCACGAGACGCCUGCGCCAAUCGCCGAAAGCGAGUCAGAAACGACACCGGAGUCAACGCCUGCUGUCACGACUGAACAUGCAUACGGACCUUCACCGACCACUGAUGCUGCGAUCCAUGAGACGCCCGCGCCAAUCGCCGAAAGCGAGUCAGAAAUGACACCGGAGUCAACGCCUGCUGUCACGACUGAACAUGCAUACGGACCUUCACCGACCACUGAUGCUGCGAUCCAUGAGACGCCCGCGCCAAUCGCCGAAAGCGAGUCAGAAACGACACCGGAGUCAACACCUGCUGUCACGACUGACCAUGAAGUCACACCUUCACCGACCACUGAUGCUGCGAUCCAUGAGACGCCCGCGCCAAUCGCCGAAAGCGAGUCAGAAACGACACCGGAGUCAACGCCUGCUGGAGCGACUGAACAUGCAUACGGACCUUCACCGACCACUGAUGCUGAGGUCCACGAGACGCCUGCGCCAAUCGCCGAAAGCGAGUCAGAAACGACACCGGAGUCAACGCCUGCUGUCACGACUGAACAUGCAUACGGACCUUCACCGACCACUGAUGCUGAGGUCCACGAGACGCCUGCGCCAAUCGCCGAAAGCGAGUCAGAAACGACACCGGAGUCAACGCCUGCUGUCACGACUGAACAUGCAUACGGACCUUCACCGACCACUGAUGCUGAGGUCCACGAGACGCCUGCGCCAAUCGCCGAAAGCGAGUCAGAAACGACACCGGAGUCAACGCCUGCUGUCACGACUGAACAUGAAGUCACACCUUCACCGACCACUGAUGCUGAGGUCCACGAGACGCCUGCGCCAAUCGCCGAAAGCGAGUCAGAAACGACACCGGAGUCAACGCCUGCUGUCACGACUGAACAUGCAUACGGACCUUCACCGACCACUGAUGCUGCGAUCCAUGAGACGCCCGCGCCAAUCGCCGAAAGCGAGUCAGAAACGACACCGGAGUCAACGCCUGCUGUCACGACUGAACAUGCAUACGGACCUUCACCGACCACUGAUGCUGCGAUCCAUGAGACGCCCGCGCCAAUCGCCGAAAGCGAGUCAGAAACGACACCGGAGUCAACGCCUGCUGUCACGACUGAACAUGCAUACGGACCUUCACCGACCACUGAUGCUGAGGUCCACGAGACGCCUGCGCCAAUCGCCGAAAGCGAGUCAGAAACGACACCGGAGUCAACGCCUGCUGUCACGACUGAACAUGCAUACGGACCUUCACCGACCACUGAUGCUGCGAUCCAUGAGACGCCCGCGCCAAUCGCCGAAAGCGAGUCAGAAACGACACCGGAGUCAACGCCUGCUGUCACGACUGAACAUGCAUACGGACCUUCACCGACCACUGAUGCUGCGAUCCAUGAGACGCCCGCGCCAAUCGCCGAAAGCGAGUCAGAAACGACACCGGAGUCAACGCCUGCUGUCACGACUGAACAUGCAUACGGACCUUCACCGACCACUGAUGCUGCGAUCCAUGAGACGCCCGCGCCAAUCGCCGAAAGCGAGUCAGAAACGACACCGGAGUCAACGCCUGCUGUCACGACUGAACAUGCAUACGGACCUUCACCGACCACUGAUGCUGCGAUCCAUGAGACGCCCGCGCCAAUCGCCGAAAGCGAGUCAGAAACGACACCGGAGCCAACGCCUGCUGUCGCGAAUGUCUAUGCAUAA